AUGGAUUUUUUCCAAACCCCAAGCAACAAGAACCAAUUCCAUCACAAGAAAAAGAGGCUAACCCAAGACCAAGUGAAGCUUCUGGAGAGAAGCUUCAGCUCCGACAACAAGCUCGAGCCAGACCGCAAGCUCCUGCUGGCCAAACAGCUCGGAAUCCCGGCCAGACAGGUUGCCAUUUGGUACCAAAACAAGCGAGCGCGGUGGAAGACGCAGAGCCUCGAGCUCGGCUACAAUGCGAUUCAAGUGCAGCUGGAGACUGCAUUAGCGGAAAAGAGGAAACUGGAGAAAGAUGUUGAGAGGCUUAAAGGAGAGUUAAACAGGGCUCAUGAGCUGUUGUUGGAUUUGAAUAACCAAAGACAAGUAGGUGGUGAUAAUCAUCCUGUGGUUUGCUCAGUGUUUUCAGCUUCUUGUGAUCAAGAGGGUGCUGCUAGCUCUAGUUUGCAGCUUGGGGAUCAUGUGGUUAAUCAUGAGGUUAAGGAGUUUGAGGAGCUCUAUGCUUGUUUGAUUGGCAUGUAG